UGGUGACAUAAAAUCUUGAUUCCCAUUUAUUUCCCAAACAUUUGGACACUCCAAAUGAAAUUCUUGCACAGAAAAAGUAAAUCUUGCAUAACAUUCGCCUUUCAUCAGAAACGAAUUUCAACAAUCUGCACAGCUAAAGCUGACCAACAAAAUCAAGUAGAAGAAUCCCAUUUUUGGGUAUGCACACGACAAACUUUUGUUCAAAUUCAGCAAAGAAUCGUUCAAAAAUGCGCCAAACAGAGAGCAAUCCAUCCGGGAAAAUCCUCCCACGCACAGAUCAUUCAUUUCGGCUUACAAUCAGACACUUCCACUUCCAACAUGCUCAUCAAUUUCUACUCCAAAUGCGGCGCCGUGGAUCACGCGCGCAAGGUGUUCGACGAAAUGCGCCUGCGGAGUGUGGUUUCAUGGAACACCAUGAUCGGCGCCUACACUCAAAACGGCAACGGCGUAGCAGCUCUGUCUCUAUUCGGCCGGAUGCUCAGAGAAGGAUCGGAGUUCAGUGAAUUUGCUUUGUCCAGUGUGCUAUGCGCUUGCGCUGCCAAUUUUUUACCCGUUGAGAGCAAACAGUUACAUGCCUUAGUUGUAAAGUCAUCGAUGGAGUCGAAUGCCUUCGUUGGCACAGCUUUGCUCGAUGUUUAUGCAAAAUGCCGAUUCAUCAACGACGCUUUGCACGUGUUUGAGGCCAUGCCGGAGAAGAGUGACGUGACCUGGAGCUCGAUGAUGGCUGGAUUCGUGCAGAACGAUCUGUAUGAGGAGGCGUUGAGAUUGUUUCUCACAGCGCAGAGAAAUGGAGUCGAGAUGAAUGUUUUCAUGAUCUCCUCUGUUCUCUGUGCCUCGGCUGCCUUGGCGGCAUUGAUACAAGGGAAGCAAGUGCACGCAAUUGUGUGUAAAGCCGGUUUUGGUGCUAACGAGUACGUUGUUUCUUCUCUCGUCGAUGUUUAUGCGAGAUGUGGAAGCAUUAAACAGUCUCACUCUGUUUUCUCCGAAGCAGAGAAGAGAAAUGUGAUCCUUUGGAACACAAUGAUCUCGAGCUUUGCUAGGCACGCUAGGCCCUUGGAGGCUAUGAUGCUGUUCGAGAAGAUGCAACAGGCGUUUCUGUAUCCGAGUGAGGUAACUUAUGUCUCUAUCUUAUCUGCUUGCGCUCACAUGGGAUUGGCUGAAAAGGGGCGGAUGUAUUUUGACAUGAUGAAGGAGCAAGGCUUGAAUCCGGGCGCUGUGCAUUACUCGUGUAUGGUUGAUAUCCUAGGUAGAACGGGGAGGAUUGAUGAGGCCAAGGAUAUGAUUGACACAAUGCCGUUUGAGGCCACUGCGUCCAUGUGGGGAUCGCUGUUGGCCUCGUGCAGAGUUCAUAAAAACGUAGAAGUGGCAGUGGUUGCUGCAAGAAAAUUGUUCAAGAUCGAGCCUAACAACGCUGGGAAUCAUGUUUUGCUGUCAAAUGUAUAUGCUGCAAGCGGGAGGUGGGACGACGUUGCAUCAGCAAGGAAAUUGCUCAAGAGUAGUGAAGUUAAGAAGGAGAAGGGGAAGAGCUGGAUUGAGAUCAAAGACAGUGUUCACUCGUUCAUGGUCGGGGAGAGGAGCCAUCCGCGGAUAGGGGAGAUAUACGCGAGGCUGGAUGAUUUGCUCAAGGAGAUGGAGAAGUCAGGGUUUAGAGGGCAAAUUGAGCACGAUCUGCAUGAUGUGGAGGAUGAUUGCAAGAGGGAGCUGCUGAAGCAUCAUAGUGAGAAACUGGCUUUUACUUUCGGGUUGAUGUGCUUACCUUGGUAUGUUCCGAUAAGGAUCAUGAAGAAUCUGAGGAUUUGUGGGGACUGCCAUCAGUUUAUGAAGGUUGCUUCGGCUGUGACGGGGCGCGAGAUCGUGGUGAGGGACAAUAAUCGGUUUCACCAUUUCAGAGAGGGGAUGUGUUCGUGUGGAGAAUUUUGGUGAGUCUGUGUACUAAGAUGAAGAGGUGUUAGACAGUAGCUACGAGUUAUUGAGUGUGGAAAUACGUUAGUGAAAGAGGUGUGAUUCUUUUGUGAUGAAGAACAAAUGGAAUCUGUGAUUUUCCGGGGUUGAUCUUGAUUCAAAAAGACCAAUGGAUAAUUGUAAAAUUUUGGGUUGAUCCAAAAUUAUUAAAUUUUCAGUUGGCCAA